AAUAAAUACUGCUCCAUACUGACAUAGCUGGGGUUUGUUUUUCUCUGUAAGAAUUACCCUUACAGAUUCUCAUGUGACAAAAAGGAUAAGAAGAAAUGGAGAAGCAGGCGCUGGAUAUAGCCAGGAGAGCUUUUAACACCGGCAGGUCCAGAGUCCUGCAGUACAGAGUUCAGCAGCUCCGAGCUUUACUGAGGCUCAUCAGAGAGAGACAGGGCGACAUCAGUGCUGCUCUCACACACGACCUGCACAGGAGUGACUUUAACACAUCGCUUUUAGAGCUCAUUGGGCUGGAGAAUGAAAUCAAGCUGGCUGAAAGUGAACUCAGUGACUGGGCAAAACCUCAGCCUGUUCAGAAGAACCUCCUCACCCUGACAGAUGAUGUUUUUAUUAAAGCUGAACCUUUGGGUGUGGUGCUGAUCAUCGGAGCCUGGAACUACCCAUGGGGUCUUACCUUAGGACCUCUUAUUGGAGCAAUUGCAGCAGGCAAUGCUGCUGUGGUGAAGCCUUCAGAACUGAGUAAGAAUUCAGCCAGCCUACUGAAAGAACUGCUUCCUCAGUAUUUGGAUCAGGAGAUGUACCAUGUGGUGACCGGAGGAGUCCCAGAAACCCAGGAGUUGCUCAGGCAGCGUUUUGAUCACAUCUUCUACACAGGGAACAGCACAGUGGGCAAACUGGUUAUGGAAGCAGCUGCCCGUCACCUCACACCAGUCACUCUGGAGCUGGGAGGGAAAAGUCCCUGCUAUAUCGAUCAGAACUGUGACCUUGCAGUUGCUUGCCGUCGAAUCACAUGGGGAAAGUUUUCUAACUGUGGCCAGACGUGCAUCGCUCCAGACUACAUCCUCUGUAAUGCCAGUAUCCAGAACAGACUGAUUGAUGAGAUCCGCCAGACGUUGCAGGAGUUCUACGGUGAGAACCCUCAAAGCUCUCCUGAUUACGGGCGCAUCAUCAACCAGAGACACUUUGAGCGUGUGACGGGUCUGAUGGAGGGAUGUAGUGUGGCUGUCGGAGGAGAGAGCGAUAAAUCACAACUUUAUAUCGCUCCGACCGUUCUGAAGGAUGUUUUGCCCCACGCCAGGAUAAUGCAAGAAGAGAUCUUUGGACCCGUCCUGCCCAUCAUCACUGUCAGUGAUGUCAGCGAGGCUAUUCGCUUCAUUAAUGAUCGAGAAAAACCUUUGGCUCUUUACGUCUUUUCUUCUGAUAAGAAGGUGAUCAAGCGAAUGCUGAGUGAGACAACUAGUGGAGGAGUCGUGGUUAAUGAUGUAAUGAUCCACUACACAGUCAGCUCAUUACCCUUCGGCGGAGUAGGAAACAGUGGCAUGGGCAGAUAUCAUGGCAAGCACACAUUUGACCAGCUCAGUCACAAACGUGCCUGCCUCAUCAAGUCUUUGGGGAUGGAGAGUCUGAACAAAGCACGCUACCCCCCGCAAACACCAUCUCGUCUACAAAAAGCCCGGUUCUUCAUGAUGAGCCGCCUAAGUAGCUGUACCCAUCUCACCAGCGCCUGGGCCAUCAUCUCCACCAUCCUGGCCUUGGGUUUGUUCAUCACUUUACUGGUCAUCCUGCUCAAGGGUAUUGUGAUUUGAAGGCUCUCGGAAAAGUCAUCAGGACCAAAGAUCUACACCUGAAGACAGAUGUUGUGUUGAACUAAAACAAAGCCCACCUCAUAGUAUUUGAUCUACAGUCUAUCCUGUCUUUACUGUAAUGUCCACUUCUGCGCAGUGUUUUCAUUUUUGAACAGUGUCCUUUAACUCAGUCUCUUUGUGCAGCUGACAUGCCAGUAGGACAAACACAGACUGUCAGUAUUAACCCGAUUGUCCUGAGCUUUGUACAGUCAAUUAGAAUCGCCAAAUGUUGUAGGAUAAGCCGAUUUCAGGCAACAAAACGCUUGUUUUUUCCGCUUUGUGCUUCAAUGCUUAAGCCAAACAGUGAGAAUUUUUAAGAAGGAUUUAAUGUUUUGGAAUGAUGACAGAAAUCAGCCACCAGGUGGCAUCACUCUCCUACAGUUUAAUAUGAGAUCACUAUUUUGCAGUAGAAAAUCUCAGUUUUCUUUGAAAGUAACACUAUUGUUAUUUUUUUAAUAUAUAAUUAUGGUAUAAAUAAAAUAUACUACGCUAAAUAAUAUUCACAGUGAAAUCAAACAGCACUCAAACUGAUGCUCCUUUGGGGAAUGUUUUGAAUUUCUGAGAGGAAUUUCUAAUAAGGAAAAUUUCCACAACAUUUCUGGUUUAGAUUUAUUUCCAGAAAGGGUUUUGACUCACACACACACACACACACACUCACACACACACACACACCCCUUCCUCCCCACGAGUCUAAAUAUUUCUAAUCCACUACAUAUUGUUUUUUUUUCUUCUCAAAUAUCAUCAUGGAUCAUUUUGCCAUUCCACCUUCUCUAACACCACAUGUUGAGUAAAGACAUGAUAUUUUAUACACGUAUGAUUCUGCGCAUGGAUUUGUCCGUCUUCUUCAUAUGUGAUUCAUGAAGAUAUUCACGUUCAGUAUUUCAUCGGAUUGCGGGAUUCUGCCAUGACUCACAGCGUCUAGCGCACCCCUGAGGCAACGACCCCACCGCGGUACAACUUCACUCCCAUGUACUUCUAUGAGUUCCUGCAUUCCUUCACAAGCUGAGAGCUGUACUGUCUGUUUACUUUGGAUUAUAGCCCUAAGUGUGUCUUACAAUGCUAAGGAUCUAAAAUGCUCCUGAAUGCAUGCAUGGUGCUCAGGCUGACAGAUUUCUUUUUUACCUCACUUUUUGUUCAUCUGCUCAUAUGUACCUAACGAUUCCGAACAUAGCAGUCGUGUCAUUAUUUCUAGCCAAUCUAUUUUGAGUGCAACUUUUUUUUUUUAAAGCAGGACGUAUAUACUGUAGGUAGACUCAGAGUUAAUCUUUUAAUUCUUAUCACUUCUGAAACAUCCGCCUGUAUCUGUGUCAGAGAUAUACUGUAUCCAUCAGAUAGGGAGGUUUCUGUACAGUCAUAGGACAGUUAAAGACAGUCAUAACUGACAGAUGUGACAAAAAAGAGAGAAAAUCGAACUGGUAACUUCCCUGAAUAACCUUUAUCAUUAGCAAAAAUAUGCAGAGAGAAGGAGAGGCCAGACAAAGUUUGGCAGCACACAUAUACUGUAUAACGGGCGCAAGGGACUGAAAUCAACCGAGACAGUAGUAUACCAUACUGUAUAUAGGAAGCGUGACUUCUGUAAUAGCCAAUAAAGGCUUUUCUAUUAAUUAUUUAGAAGUGUAUUAAUAAUUUUGGACAUGACGCUUUGUUCAAAUGUAAAUAAAAGCUGAAAAAUAAUGAUGCCUCUUGUACGUCAUCUUAUUAUCUUUUGGGAGAAGCCUGUGUCAUUUCUGGUCACUUGCUGG